UGGAGCUCGAUCGGCAAACAUGUACUGGAGGGGCUCAGAGAUCACACUCCGGAUUAGAUGACAAUUAACCAUCAGACAUCCUACGUGGAUGGACCAAGUGUGUGAGAGAAGAGAUCUGUUUUUAGCUGUUCGCCAAGUGUAAGACCUGCAUAGGGGCGUUCGUGCACCGUGAGCAGUUGGACUUCAACGCUGAGCCCCCUUGGGAUCCUAGCUGAUAACAGGAGGGGUCCGGCUGUCGACCUCACUUGGAUAUCGCUAGGACCAAGGCGCCGCAGGGGCUCUGCUGAACACGGCACUCGCUUCAUGACCGCGCCUUCCUGACCCCGCCGGCGAGAAUGAAAGCUGCGCUGGGUGAGCCGCACUGCUCCGUCGAGCUGCUGGAGGGAGACUCGGCUCUCCGAGACGUCGUCGACAAGCACAUCGCCGAGCAAACUCAGGCACAGAAGAGUGCUUUUCUCGUGGCUGAUCUGGGAGCCAUAAUUUGGCAGCAGAUCAGAUGGAAAACUCACAUGGAGCAGGUUCGACCGUUCUACCUGGUGAAGUGCAACACCAGUCCUGUGGUGGUCGAGAUCCUGGCUGCACUGGGAACCGGAUUUGUUUGCUCCAGCAAGAGCGAGCUGGAGUUGGUAAAAAGCUUCGGCGUGCCGGCGCAGGACGUCAUCCUGGGCGGAGCCUGUAAGCAGCUCUCGCUCAUUAAACACGCCGCUAAAAACGGCAUCCAGCUUCUGGUGUGUGAGAACGAGGCCGAGCUGAGGAAGAUCGCCCGCUGCCACCCCAAUGCAAAGCUGCUGCUGCAGGUGCACACGGCGGGCUGCGAGCACGAGGAGACGGCCGUGCCGUUCGGCUGCACGCUGAAGGACUGCAGGCGCCUGCUGGAGUCCGCCAAGGAGCUCGGCGUGAACGUGGCCGGGGUCAAGUUUCACAUCAGCAGCUGCUGCGCUGAGCCGGAGGCCUUCACUCACGCCGUCUCAGAUGCCCGCUGUGUGUUUGACAUGGGGGAGGAGUUCGGAUUCGCUCUCAGUAUUCUAGACAUCGGAGGAGGCUUCGAUGGCACCGAGGCUCAGUUGGAAACGAUCAACAGGGCCUUGAGACCCGCGCUGGACGCGUACUUCCCUCCAUCGACGGGCGUCUCGGUCAUCGCCGGACCUGGAGCCUAUUACGUCUCUGCUGCUUUUUCACUGGCCGUGAGCGUCGUCUCGAAGAAAAGAGUCGGUCGGGAUGCUAACCGGCACGAUGCACUGUCUGGGAACAGUGAGCCGGAGUUUAAAUACUGUAUAAACGAUGGAGUAUUCGGCUCCUUUUCCUAUAAACUGCUGGAGGAAUCGGUUCCGGUUCCAUCUCUACACAAGGAGAUCUCGGCGGAGGAGCCGCUUUACCUCAGCAGUCUGUGGGGGGACACGACAGACGGACUGGACCGGGUGCUGGAGUCCUGUCUUCUCCCGGAGCUGAGCGUCGGAGACUGGCUGCUGUUCCACGGGGCUGGAGCGAACAGCCUCGGAGUUAUCGGCGAACCCGCUGUGCCCGUGCACUACACCCUCUCCGCACGAGACAGGUACGAGAUCCAAGACUACGGCGUCACGCUGGACUCGGCCAUGAAGCGCUUCUCUCUAGUGCCGUCGUUCUACGAGCCCAGUCUGAACAAGAGUGCCAUUUCCACUCCGGCUUAGCUCUAGCACGGCUCCGGUUUAUUCAUCGGAACCUUCCGGAAUCAUCCGGGAGUGAAGAGAGUCGAGCAGAGGCUCCUGCUCCUGGUUUCGGGCUCGUUUUGAGGGAUCGUCGGUUUGGGUGUUUAUAAAACAAACCUGUUAGAGUAUUUAAUUUAGGUCGAUGAUUAUCCACAGAAGCGAAUAUAAGAGUGAUAUGUCCUGCUGCACUGCAGGUUUAGUGUUAUUUAUUGAACAUGAUUUAUUAUUAUUAUUGAACCUGAAGGUGUUGUAUUGUGAGAGGCCAGCAGGUGGCAGUGUAGUUCUGGGUUCGGAUCUGUGUGGGGGAGAUGGGACCAUUUGAGUUGAAUUCAUUCCAGUACAGCUUUUAACUCGCUCUUAUCGACUUCCUUUUCCUGUGUGUGUGAUCAGUUGCAUCCUUGUUGCCAUCCUAAUAAGGCAUCUUAUCCACUCGUCAGCCCACGAGGAGACGAGGAAGCGAAAUCUCCCCCCAAAACAACAGAAUGCUCAACAGUGUAUAAAAUUAGGAUUGGGGUUUGGAAGGAACGAAGAUGUUAUGAGGCUCAUCAAGGGUUAAACGGCAAGUCUGGGGUUAAAAUUGCACAGUUUCAUUUUAUUAGGGACUGAGGUUGAUUAAUUCCUGUCGUUCUAUCCAUGUUGUAUCUGACGCUCCAGGCGUACGUGGAGCAUCGAUGUUCGGAGGCACCGUUCGGUCAGAAACGAGGUGUGCACAUUUUAUACUGAUAGUCUAAACGUCGUCGAUCAGUUCGCUUUGAUAAUUCAUUCACAACGAGAGGUUUGGGGUUCUUUUAAACCGUAUCUAGGUGUGAUGUACGUGACGUGACUCGACUCGGGCCCGUCCUACUGACGUCCUAUUUGAAAACGGAACAUGAACAACAUAAACUCAAAAAGAAUUCGACAUUCUUUUAGUCAUUUACAUUUUCUGCAUUUAGCAAAGUGACUUACGGUCAUAGUUGAAUGCAAUUUGAGCAAUCGAGGCUCGAGAGCCUUGCUCGGGGGUCCAACAGUGGCAACUUGGCAGUGAUGGGGCUUGAACCGAUAGCAUUCGGAUUACUACUCAAGUACCUUGACUACUGAGCUACCACUGCCCUAAUCAAUAUAUCCCAGUUUAUUUGGAAGGGUCAGCCAUUGUAUUGGCACCUCUGGAGCAGACAGGGGUCAAGGGCUCAACAGUGGCUGCAUAGCAGAGCCUGGAUUUGAACCGACGCUCUACCCACUAGGCCACCACCGUCUAGUCAUGAACUAGAAUUAAAAUGAUUCAUGUUACCACGCUACUUUUUGUAUAUUCUUUAAUCUCUAGUGCCAGGGUCACUGUUGCAGCGACAAGGAUGCGAUUACCAGACUGAUUUUGUAUAUUGAGCGCCUGACCAGUGACCCAAGCCCCCACAUUAAUAGUCAGCGCUCUUAAAACCUUAAAAUUGCCAUUUCUGAACGUCAAGGGCAGGUGUAGCCUAGUGGUUAAGGUACUGGACUAGUAAUCGAAACGUCGCUGGUUCAAGGUCCACCACUGCCAGGUUGCCAUUGCUGGGCCCUUGAGCAAGAUCCUUAACCCUCAAUAUAGUGGGUGUGUUCGAAAACCUAGUGAGCUGCCUUGCUGUCUUACUGCCUACACAGGCAGCUGCCUCAGUAGAGAGGAUUCUAAUAAGUCAAUGACUUAUAAGGCAGGUUAUUCGAACGCGCUACUUAGACAGCGAUCCCAUUUGGUUUCGCUUAUUAAGCUAACACGGCGUGCUAGCAUGUCAACUAACAUCUCCCUUCGUGUACCGAAAACGACCUCUGCUGGUUCUUUAUGUUAAUGCAUACAGAGGAACACGCUACUCUCUGUGUAUUCUUUAACCUCUUGUGCCAGGGUCACUGUUGCAGCGACAAGGAUGCGAUUACCAGGCUGAUUUUCAAGCCCCCACAUUAAUAGUCAGCGCUCUUAAAACCUUAAAGUUGCCAUUUCUGAACGGUGAGGGCAGGUGUAGCUUAGUGGUUAAGGUACUGGACUAGUAAUCGAAACAUCGCUGGUUCAAGGCCCACCACUACCAGGUUGCCACUUGAGCACGGCCCUUAACCCUCAAUUGCUCAGACAAUAUACUGUCACAGUACUGUAAGUCGCUUUGGAUAAAAGCGUCUGCUAAAUGCCAAAAAUGUAAAUGUAAUAUUACUUUUGUUUGUUAGCCAUGACUGGUCUAAAUGAAUUAUUUUGUGUUUUUGUUUUUGCAUUCUUUUAGUUUGGAUGUAUCCCAUUCCUCUAUUCAUUCUCUUGCGACCUCUGCUGGUUCUUUAUGGUAAUGCACACAGAGGAACACGCUACUCUCUGUGUAUUCUUUAAUCCCUUGUGCCAGGGUCACUGUUGCAGCGACAAGGAUGCGAUUACGAGGCUGAUUUUGUAUAUUGAGCGCCUGACCAGUGACUCAAUUUCAGGUGGUUGUGACCCAAGCCCCCACAUCAAUAGUCAGCGCUCUUAAAACCCUAAAGUUGCCAUUUCUGAAUGUCGAAGAAAACAGUGUAGGUUUGGUGAGCAACCUUAUUACAGUGUGGCGUUAACAACUGUGCGCAUUUCGACUGUAAGUGAGAAUUCGACGAAGCCGUCGCUUGAACGGAGCCAGAUUUUUGGGUGUGUUACAGUACAGAGACCUUAAAUAGCUGCUGAUUAGCACACGCCUGGAGGCUUUUAGCUGUGGGGUGAAGAACGUGUUGAAAGGUUUUUGUAAGUGCUGCUGGGUAAACUGAGCCGGGGGUAAAUGUGAAGUGUGAACGGGCGCCGUCUGUACCCAGUCCUGGUUUACUGAUUUAAACUGGACUGCUGUAAUAAAUAAUAAACCGAUGACGAUAUCAGUG